GUGCCACUGAUUUCAAUUUUGAAAUUCGAAUCCUCCUCCUUUGGAAUUCAGAAACCCUAGAGUUCUUCAGCGAGCGAACUCUGUCUGCGAUUUCUUGUUGAUUCUAAAUGGAUCUCUCGCGAGAAGUCGAUGACUUUAUCAAAGAGACAAUCGAUCACUCUUUAGGGCUUCCGAUAUCCAUGGACGUUCUCCAGAAAAAGCUCUACACGGCGGAAGAAUCUCAGCGUCGUCUCCGUGAACAGUAUCUAUCUCUGGUUUCGAGAUUGAAAGAGAAAGAAAAAGUAAUCGAUCUCGUUAGAUCCGAAGCGAGUAUGAAUGCCCAGUCGCUGAAGAAAUUCGUCGAAGAGAAUCAGAAAUUGGGAAGCGAGCGCGAGGAUUUGGUGAAUCAGUGUAAGAAGUGGGAAAAAGAAUGCUUUCUUUAUCAUCAAGAUCGUGAAUCACUCAUGGAGUUCGGGAACGAAACUGACGAAAGGGCUAGAGAAGCAGAAUCUAGGGUUCGUGAAUUGGAGGAAGAAGUUAGAAAAAUGUCUGAUGAAAUCAAGAGCCGGAUCGAAUCUGAAGAAGAUUGUUUGGUUGAUUCAAUAUUGGCAUCGUUCGUUAGUAAAGAUGAGAGUAUAUCAUUGGGGCGUAUCUUCUUGGAGGCUAAUAGUGAAGAAGACAAAUGUUGUGAAACUUUGUUGAGGAAAUGGGAUCAGUUAAAGCCAACGACGCAAAAGUUUGUGUCUUUAGUGUCAAUGGUGAAGAGAAUUGAAAAGGAGAAAGAAUGUCUCAUUAUGAAUCUUGCUAAAGCAGAGCAAGAAGUUGAACUUGUGAGCGAGCAAAACAGAGAGCUGGAUAGAGAAAACCGCAAGUUUUUGAGGCAAUGUUCUGCAGAGAGAAGCCAUGGAUCUAACAAGUUCAACAAGAGAAAGAGUAUCAAGAUGAUGAGUAGUCCGAUUGAGAAGAGGAUUGAAUUGAGCAGCCAAGAAUUUAUCGAUUGAUGAAGUUUAGAUCCAAUGCUGAUGAGUGGUUUUGUUUGAAUCUCUUUUGGUAAUUAUUAUGAAUAUGAAUGAGCAGUUCUGGCUAUUGUUUAGAUUGGUAGAGAAAACAGUAAUGGAAUGUUUGUGAGGGACAAGCUCUGACUAUAAGCACAAUGCAAUAUGUAUAAAAUAUGAGACUUGGAACAUUCUCUCUCACAUUGGAAACACUGAAUUUUAAAAAUUAUACAUUUCCAU